GCGCCCUCAGCGCUCCCGCUCCAGACCCCGAGCAAUGGCGGCGGCUGUGGCGAUGGCGCCCGGCAGCGGCGGUGCCGCCGACUUCUCGGACCUGCGGGAGAUCAAGAAGCAGCUGCUGAGCGUGGCGGAGCGGAGCCGCGAGCGGGGCCUGCAGCACAGCGGGAAAUGGGCCGCCGAGCUCGCGUUCGCGCUGGAGCCGCUGCCGCUGAGCGAGCUGCCGCCGCCGCCCGCGCUCACCGAGGAGGAUGCUCGUGACCUGGAUGCCUACACACUGGCCAAGUCUUACUUUGAUCUGAAGGAAUAUGACAGGGCUGCCUACUUUUUACGGGGCUGCAAGAGCCAGAAAGCUUACUUCUUGUACAUGUACUCCAGAUACCUGUCAGGGGAAAAGAAGAAGGAUGAUGAGACAGUGGAUAGUUUGGGACCUCUGGAAAAAGGACAGGUGAAAAAUGAAGCUCUACGAGAACUGAGAGUUGAGCUCAGCAAGAAGCACAAGGCACGGGAACUGGAUGGAUUUGGCCUUUAUCUGUAUGGUGUUGUGCUGCGGAAGCUGGACCUGGUGAAAGAAGCAAUAGAUGUGUUUGUUGAAGCUGCUCAUGUCUUGCCUUUGCACUGGGGAGCCUGGCUGGAGCUUUGCAACUUGAUUACAGAUAAAGAGAUGUUGAAGUUCCUGUCCUUGCCAGAUACAUGGAUGAAAGAGUUCUUUCUUGCACACAUUUAUACAGAGCUACAGCUGAUAGAGGAGGCCCUGCAGAAGUAUCAGAGCCUCAUUGAUGCAGGAUUUUCCAAGAGCACUUACAUCAUCUCUCAGAUUGCAGUUGCCUACCACAAUAUUCGAGAUAUUGACAAAGCCUUAUCCAUCUUUAAUGAGCUAAGGAAACAAGAUCCUUACAGGAUAGAAAACAUGGACACUUUCUCCAACUUGCUCUAUGUAAGGAGCAUGAAGCCUGAGCUGAGCUACCUGGCUCAUAAUCUCUGUGAGAUAGACAAGUACCGUGUUGAGACCUGCUGUGUCAUCGGAAAUUAUUAUAGCUUGCGUUCCCAGCAUGAAAAAGCAGCACUCUAUUUCCAAAGGGCCUUGAAACUGAAUCCUCGCUAUCUGGGAGCCUGGACACUUAUGGGACAUGAGUAUAUGGAAAUGAAGAAUACAUCUGCAGCUAUCCAGGCUUACAGACACGCAAUAGAGGUGAACAAAAGGGACUACAGAGCGUGGUAUGGCUUGGGGCAAACCUAUGAAAUCCUCAAGAUGCCAUUUUAUUGUCUCUACUACUACAGACGGGCCCACCAGCUCAGACCGAACGAUUCUCGUAUGCUGGUCGCUCUAGGGGAAUGCUAUGAGAAGCUCAAUCAGUUGGUGGAAGCCAAAAAGUGCUAUUGGAGGGCUUAUGCUGUGGGAGAUGUGGAGAAAAUGGCACUUGUGAAACUUUCCAAGCUGCACGAACAGCUGAAUGAAUCUGAACAGGCAGCUCAAUGCUACAUCAAAUACAUCCAGGAUAUCUAUUCCUGUGGGGAGGUAGUGGAGCACCUGGAGGUCAGCACUGCAUUCCGUUACCUGGCCCAGUACUACUUCAAGUGUAAGCUCUGGGAUGAAGCCUCAGCGUGUGCUCAGAAAUGCUGUGCCUUCAAUGAUACUAGAGAAGAGGGAAAGGCCCUGCUGCGGCAGAUCUUACAGCUUCGCAACCAAGGAGAAACAUCAUCCACAGAUGUUCCUGCUCCCUUAUUCCUCCCUGCGUCACUGUCAGCCAACAACACUCCCACACGUCGUGUCUCGCCGCUCAAUCUGUCCUCUGUAACGCCAUGAACACAAACAGUGCUGAUACCUCUGACCUGUGCGUUGGAUGUGACACUGCACAUGGGACGUGUAACCACUUCUUUCUAGGGAAAUUCCUCCUUUGGUUGCUGCCCUCCCAUGAAGGGCAGGAGUUAGCAGAGCCCACAGCUGAAGACAGAUGUGCCCCAACAGGCAAAGGGGCAGCUGAUGUGAAAGUGCCUGUGCUGAGAAUGCGAGAACCUGCUCUACUCACCACAUCAUUCCAGUUAGAGGGCAGAUGUGUGCCAGUACACAGGACUAACUGAGGCAUUGAAGGGGCUUGUCUGCUGAAGUUAAAGUACAUUUGAGGUUUGAUUCUGCCCUGUGACCUCUGGUCUUUACUGCAUUUCUUUGGAUGACCUCUUAGCGAUAUCACUGCUGUCCUCAUCAGAGACUGUUACCAGUUUGGCUACUUAAUGGCUUUGGCUUGUGUUGACCAACGUGGGAGAUGUUUCACUAAAGCAGUAGAAUAGGCACUUGUAUAGGUGCCAUGUCCAUGUUGAAGGACUGACAAGUAUCAGAGGAGUCCCAAGUAGCCACAGGUGACAGCUGUCUGGUGUUCUGUCAGUGGACCUGACAGAUAAUUUUGGCUUUUAGUAGAAAAGCAGCCAGUGGGAUGGUACAAUUAAAAAACUAACAAUAAGUAA